AUGAGAAGUAAUAAUCGUUUCGCAUCAUUUAUUGGCAAUUUACGUGAAAUAAAGGAAUCAAACGUAAUAAGGAAAAAAUAAAUUAGCUUUUAUAUAAAGUAACAAACACUUUCUAAAAAACAAUUAAUGAAGAUGCUGAUAUGAUUAGACAGAGAUGUUUGCAGAUUUUAACAAUAGAACCAGAGAAAAGGUCUAUCAUGUAAGCUAAAUAUGUUCAGAAAUAUUUUGAAAGAGAUUUUGCAUAUUUUUCGUAAGAUUGUAAAUAAAUCUAGUAAAAUUAGAGGAUAAUUGCCAGAUGAUCUUUAUAUUAGAAUUUUUAAGGAUUUAUAGUUAGAGAGGAGUAAUGCAGCUGAAGUUGUAUUUAAUAUUGGAGAUAUUGGAAGGAAAAUGUACUUUAUUAUUGAUGGAGAAGUGGCAAUUCUUAUUCCUAUGUAAGAAUAGCAACAUCAUGAUAAUCAUCACCACUAAAGAAGUAUAUAUACAUAAUAAUUAUAAGAAUCAUUGAUAAUCAAAAAAUUUGAUGAUUUAUUGAAACACAAGUAUGCACAAUACAAAUUAAUUGCAAUUAAAAGCAAAAAUGAUUUUUUUGGAGAGAUUGCAAUUGAAUAGAGAAUUCCAAGAACGGCUUCAGUAGUAGCUAAGACUGAAUGUGUUUUUGCUACAUUGAGCUAUGAUUCAUAUUAAAAAGUUUUAGGUUAAUAUUAAGAAAAGAUUUUAUAAGAAAAGUUAUAAUUCAUUAAAUGUACUCCGCCCUUCAAGAAUUGGAGUUAAUCAGGUUAAUUGAUAUUAUUGCAUAGUUGCUAAGAAAUGAGUUUUGAGGCUGGAUCUUUUAUUUAUAAAAGGGGAUAAAAAGGAGAUACAGUAUAUAUAAUUAAGGAAGGUGAAAUACUUAUAGAGAAAUGGGAUAAAUAAUAAUCAGUUACAUAAGAAGGAGAUAUUUAUUUGAAGAAAAAUAUCAUAGUCAUAGGAUUAUAUUCCACUGGAUAGAUUUUUGGAGAUUAUGAAGUCUAUCAAACAAAUAUGAAAUGCAGAUAUUUGACUAGAGUAACAUAAGCUAAGGCUAGAGUAAAAACUGUUGUCUUAGCCCUCUCAAUAUCACAAUAUAUUGAUAAUAUGAGAUUAAAUGAAAGGGAUGCUUGGAUUCGAGAUUAUUUUGAGUAAAAAUUUAGUAAGAAAUGGCUAAAUAAACCAGAAAUCUAAACUUAAUAUAUUAGUAAGAGUCCAAUUCCAUCUAACAAUAAAUAAUAUAUAAAAAGUAGGGAAGAUGGAAGACAAGUAUACAAAGUUUCCUUAUCAAAUAAUAAUUUUGAAGAUUUAGAAUUAGAAUAAGAUAAUAAAAAGGAUUCAAAAGAUUUAUAAUUGUUAUCUCCAACUUAAUUACAUUCUUAAAAUAAAAGUAAUAAAACUAUGAGAAAAUUUUUGAGUUUAUAAGGAAAUUUGUUUAAGACUUAAUAAAAUUAUGAAACAUCUUCAAUGGAUAUCAUUAUAAAACAACUGAAAAAUAAAGUUAUUAAGAGUAGAGAAAACUUGACAAACGAAUCAAUUUUUGAUAUUUCUUAGAGUAAAUUUUAUUCUGUAAAGAAACCUAGUGCUCCUAAACUUAAAAUAGGUCUAUCAUUUAAAUCAUUUAGAGAAGGAGAACGAAAUAAGUCUAAAUUUUUAGACUGA